AUGGAUCACGAGCCGGUCGCACAUGGCGGGGAGUCUACAGCGCUGCUGCAAGAGGAGUCACAACGAGAAAACGGCACACAUCAGGACGAUGUCAACCAAAUAAAACAAGACUUCGCUCCGCAGUACGUUCUCCCAGUCGCAUUAUUAGCCGCAUUGGCCAUGGCCUCGACGGCGGCAACAGCAUACUUUGCCUUCGCCACUCUUCUUUGCAAGGACCCACGGCGCUGUGAGGGGACAGAGACCAGCAACUAUGCCAAGGCCGUUGCAGCUGCGACAUCUUCUGCCAACAUACUCGGCACAUUCGCGCUUGGAUAUCUCCAAAAGCUGUCAACACGAAACAGGAAACGCGGCUUGCUACUCUGGAUGAUCUGCCGAUCAAUGAGUGCCGUCGUGUUGGUGAUUGGUGUAUAUAUCAAGAACAUCUUUGUUGCGCUAUCAGCCCGCAUCUUCGAGGGGCUGGCCUCUGACAAUUUGCUCCAUUUCUCGCUGAAUGCGCUAUACGCGCAGUCCUCUGACAAAAAGACAGCUUCGUCGCUCAUUAGCUACUCUCUUGCGCUCUACAUGGUCGGCAUCUCGGUAAGCCCCUUCAUAGCGGGGCUGCUGAAGGACUUCACGAUGAGCUUCUUCAUGGCGCUUGGCUUUUUCGUCAUAGCUGUUAGUUACCUGCAAAUCUGUUUGCCGAAAGGAGUGUCAGAAAAACGUCAAAUUCAAGGACCGGAGAACCGGGGACUUGUCUCCGAGAGGAUGAACCCCGAAGACAGGAGUACUACCCAAAGGGCUAUCUAUGCUCUCAAGAAAGCACUGAAAACCGGCAUAUCGCCGCUUUUGCCGUUCAGGCGCCGGCCUACUUAUCUCUUUAUAGGCUUCAGUCUCUGCUCCUACAACGUCGUUCAAUCAUACAUAUUCGACGCCUUGCUGGUCCACACGUCGAUCAAAUUCGGGUUUUCCGCCAAGGAAAACGGACUGAUCAUCACCAUUGUGCAUUCGAUCGCCGCGACCUAUGUGUUCGCAAGUCUGUACCUGGUGUCCCGAGUCAUCUCGCGCCUGCGAGCGAGGCAGUCGACACAGGAUGGCCGGUCCCGGCCGCAAGCGAAGGAGCGAGAUUUGACUCUGGCGACAAUGUCAUUGGCCGUUCAAUGUGUGUCGCUCAUGUUUCUUGGAUUUGCGGACCAAGUCGCGCAUAUUUAUAUCAUCACCGUGUUCUUAGCCAUUGGUCUACCUACGCCUUCCUUCAUCAAGGCUUAUUUUAUGAGCCUGUUCAAGGUGUUGGACAGGCCUGUAGCACUCGCAGCUCUAGGGAUGAUGGAGACGCUUGGCAGUGUGAUCGGACCUCUUCUUUUAGGCAGCUUGCAGGGGUAUUUUGCCGCAAGCGGUGUCGUGUUUUUCGCAGCAGCUGGUCUGGCAGCAACAUCUCUGGUCUUGCUAUGUAUGGGGGCAUGGUUGAUUAUCUUCACCACUAGUGCUGUAUGA